ACAGAAUGCUAUCCUUUUAAUGCUUGAAAGCAAAAUUAAACAAGUGUAUAAUAAUUUAUAAGAACUUUUUUUCUUAGUAUAUUUUCAUGAUCAAUUUCCAUGAUGUUUGCUUGUCAUUUCUCUUUUUCUUACUUCACGUGGUUUUGUUAAAUUACCCGAAAAAUAAUGUAAAUUCCAUCGAUAAAGAACAACCAUAUGACUUAGUGGUUGGAAUCCUCUCGGCAAGAGGUAACUUUUACCUGAGAGAAAGUUUGCGUCAGACAUGGGUUGGCCACGCCCAACAUCACUCCUCUCUCAAAAAAAGAAUUUUAAUCAAAUUUAUCAUCUCAAAUUAUUCAUGUCCAAUACCUCCAGAGUUUCGUUUCGACCCAUACAGAUGUGAAAAGGAUGGUCUCAAAGAUAUUGAUUUUGAUAAAGAACUGAUUGCGUAUCAAGUACCAGAAGAUAUUUCUUUACCUUAUCAUCAUGAAGGAUCUGUUGGAAUAGACUUCAAUGUUUUAUACCCAAUAGUUAUAACAAGUUUGGGAGUUUCUGUAAAUGGUUUGAAGGAGGAGACAACUUUGAGACUCUAUGACAGAAUAACCAAGAAAGAAAUAGUCAGGGCUCAUUUUACUGUUCAAAGUCCAGGUGUUUUGGUAAAUAACAGUUGGUUUAAAACAGUGCCAAACUAUGUUUUGCCAAAGGGGUUCCAAGCCAGUAUUGUGGCUGAAAAUGCAGCAUGUGUAAGCCCCAGGUGUAAAAAAUGCGAGGAAUUCGUGACAAUUCAAGACAACGGUGGUUUGUUUAAGACCCUGAAGGUGAGACGAUUUGGCAAAGAUGUUGGAAUAUUUCCAGGAAUUGAAGAGACAUUUCCAGAAAAAAAUUGUUUGCAAGGUACAGGAACCUUUAUGUAUCGACCUCAUGGUCCUGCUCCGGGCAAAAUGAAGUUGACCGCGGAGCAAAGAAAAAAUAGAAUCGCAGAAUGGAAACGGUUGAAACAAGAGGAAUAUUCGUUUUCGUUGUACAAAGAAAGUAGAAAAUAUUCGGAUAUCAUCUUCGUUCCAAACGUUGAUGUCUACAGAAAUCUACCUUCACAGCUGCUGGAGUUUUUUCGCUGGAUUACCAAAAAUGUAUCGUUUUCUUUCGUCCUUAAAACAGACGACGAUUGCUUUGUGGAUUUACAAGGCAUUCUUCAGGGAAUCGAUGACCAUAAACUGCGAAAUAAAUCUAAAAUCUGGUGGGGCAGCUUUCGAACUGAUUGGCUCAUCGAACGUCAGGGUAAAUGGGCCGAACCCGACUAUCCAGGUGUGACUUACCCAACGUUUGCCUGCGGUGCAGGAAGUGUACUGUCCGCAGAUCUUGUACACUGGAUAGCGAAAAAUGCAGACUCCUUGAAACGAUACCAGGGGGAAGACGUGUCAAUGGGUAUUUGGCUGUCGGCUGUUGGACCAACAAUGAUUAAGGAUCAGCGGUGGUCAUGUUUUCAAGAAUGCUACAAAGGAGUUCUCAGCUCGCCCGAACAAGACAGCGAGUCUUUGAUAGAUAUGUGGGAGAACUUUCAGAAGUGUUGAAAUCCUUGUAAGUGUUGAUUUCCAUUCAUUCAUUCAUUCAUUCAUCAAAGAAUAUUGAAAAAUCUGCGGGUCACGAGUUGCGUUACUUUUACACUGUAGUCAUUUUUAAAAGGGGAAAAAGGCGGCUUCUGCGCAUAGGUUCUGCGCAUAAAAAUGAGAUGCUUGCUGACUUGAGGAUUACUCAAUUCUGAUCUUUUUAAAUUUAAAAGUUUAAGCAUAGCAGUGGAAUAUUGUUUUAGUUCUGGCGUACAAAAUGUAAACAAAGCAAUUGUCUACAUCACACAUGAUAUUCGCUUAACAAAGAAAUCUUACAUGCAAUUACGAAUUUUGAUUUCUGAACGAACGAGCAUGAAUGACGGUAUAAAUAACAUCCAGUAGACGCUUGUCCGCCAUUAAUUACUCCGGGCAA